GUCAUAGAGAGAGAUAUGGGAUUGCAAGAUAGAAUUGUUGGCGAAUUGCUCCAACCUGGUGGCUACAUAAAAUUGAUCAACUUGGACUUAGAAGAUUGUGUAGAAGACAUCGAUGCUCAAAAGGUGUUUGGCUAUGCUUUGUUCAAGGAUGAUAAAAGCACAAGCUUGGCUUACCCAUUGGAGAAGUUCACCAGAGAUGUUGCAGGUAGGAGUUUUCACAACGGGCGAUUCGUUCAACGGAUGCGUGAGAAGGCUGCAACAGUCCCAAAUGUGAGGCUCGAACAAGGAACUGUGACAUCUCUUGUUGAAGAGAAAGGGGUUGUCAGAGGUGUUCGCUAUAAGACCAAAGCUGGACAAGACAUCGCGGCUAAUGCACCACUUACUAUUGUAUGCGAUGGCUGUUUCUCAAAUCUCAGACGAGGUUUAUGCAAACCUGAGGUAGAUAUUCCAUCUUCUUUUGCUGCAUUGCUUUUGAAGAACUGUGAAGCUCCAUACCCGAAUCAUGGACACGUUAUUUUGGCAGACCCUUCACCAAUCUUGUGCUAUCGAAUCAGUAGUACAGAGAUUCGGUGUUUAGUUGAUAUCCCUGGGAAGAAGAUCCCUUCGGUUGGAAAUGGUGAAAUGGCCCUUCAUUUAAAGACUAACGUGGCUCCUCAGAUCCCACUUGAGCUGCGAGGUGGCUUCAUUGCUGCUGUGGAUGAAGGAAAGAUAAAAACAAUGGCUAAUAGAAGCAUGCCAGCUGCUCCACAACCCACCCCAGGAGCAAUCUUACUUGGGGAUUCAUUCAACAUGCGACAUCCGUUGACAGGAGGAGGAAUGACAGUUGCUUUAUCUGAUGUCGUGAUUGUUCGUGAUCUUCUCCGACCUCUUGCAACGUUAAAUGACACAAUUGCCCUCUGCGAGUAUAUGAACUCCUUUUACAAAUUGCGCAAGCCUGUGGCAUCUACAAUCAACACAUUAGCUGGAGCCUUAUACAAAGUGUUUUCUGCAUCACCUGAUGAAGCAAGAACAGAAUUGCGUCAAGCAUGUUUUGAUUACUUGAGUCUUGGUGGUAUGUUCUCAAGUGGGCCCAUUGCGCUACUGUCGGGUUUGAAUCCGAAGCCAUCAAGCUUGGUUCUUCAUUUCUUUUCGGUUGCCAUCUUCGGUGUUGGCCGCUUGUUACUUCCAUUUCCUUCACCACAACGCACGUGGCUAGGUGUUAGAUUGAUCAUGGAUGCAUCGGGUAUCAUUUUCCCCAUCCUAAAAGCUGAAGGCGCUGCACAAAUGUUAUUAUCAUCUCCGACAAAUCCAGCAUAUUAUAAAUCACCUUUUUAG